CUCAGGACUAUACCAACCUGGACGAUCUACAUUUACAAACAUGGGUUCAAACCAUUUACUUUAUUUUUUCAAAUCGUUAGAAUGCUGUGGGUACAUCUGCUUUGAUAUAUACUCAUUCAAAACUAAAUUUUUUUAUGUAACAGCUUGUUAUUGCACAUCACCAAUCAUUGGGAAAAUAUUCCUUAAAAUGGAUCAUUCCUAUACUUUGACGUGUAUGUACUUGAAAAUGCAAUUGCAACAAAAGGGAGAAUAUAUGAAAGGAAAUAAGGAAAAUAUCUCUCGUCUAUACGUCCAUUUUCUCGACAAAGUUUUACUGAGUGAACUAUAGAUAUGCAACCAGCAGAGCCAUUGCUUCUCUUUGAAUUAGGACAACAACUCUAGCAAUGUUUACCUUGAUGUUUUGUGAGGAAGGAGGGGAAAGCAUCCUAUUACAAACUUUAGGGCCUGGGAGGAUCAAAGCAUAGCAGCUUCUUCCCCCGCUUACUACACUUAUGAUUACUAGUAAAAAAUGGAGCGUGUGAGGUUGUUGAAGCUCUAAACGGCACCCGAACUUUGUUAUGGUCCGACCGACAGUGCCAACUGUGCCGAUGAUGCGGUUGCCAAGCUUUUUGCAUAACAAUGUGCAAGAUAUGAGGAAGUAGAUGAUGGACUUCAUGUAAGAAACAGAUAAUAUAUUUAGUACCUCGUGUCAGGAAAUAGAGCCACAGUCAGUGCUGACCAGGAUUUUUAGAAAAUUGAAGAAUAUGCUCAACAUAGAGAUGAAAAAGAGGAUUCAGAAAGUUAUGGGGACUGCCAAAACAGCAUUCUACUACGGAUUAAUUCCUACUAUCAUCUAUCUUGGCUUAAAACGUGGUGGUGAUCCAGGAAUGCCUGAACCUACAAUUUUGAGUUUACUGUGGGCUUGAUGUGCUGUAAGAAGUUUGCUUCAACCAACUAAUGAAAGAAAUCAUAUCACUGCAAUGCCAUCAAACUUUGAGAUAUCUGAAUCAACUUGACUGAAAUUGUACAUAAUAUCAUAUAUAUGUGGUUGAUAAUUAAUUUUUGGUGUUGUCUUUUGUAGUAUCUAGGAAGUAUAUAGGCAAAAAAUAAAGUUUUUUCAUAUUUACAAUUUCUCCAAUAGGGAUCUUAGAAUAUCAAGGUAAACAGUUAAAUCAAUAGUUUGAAGUAAGAUUCAACAAUUGGGUAUUUGGGAUUGGUAUUAUAAUAUGAGGCAGCAAGGUUGUGUCUUUUCAAUAAUGUAUUAGCAUAUUUUGUUGUACCAGAGCAUUGCAAAAAUAGUAUGGCAAUCAAUACAACUUCUGGUAACGCUUUAGAUAAAGUAUUUCGUCCGGAGCAGUGAUCAUUCUAGACUCUGAGAAACUUCACUGUAAACCUUUCUCGCAAUGCUUUCCCCUCCUGUAAAAAGCUAAAAGACUGGGCGCAAGCACUCUGGAAGCAUUUUGUAAAGAUGAGUAAAUACUCUACUGGAGAAAAUAAAGGGAAGUCAAAGAAACCAUUUAUCAAAAGAAAUAGAUCUCCCAAAACUGUGACAGAAUAUGACGAGGCGGUUUCUCCUUUUCCUAACAUUUAUACGAACGAAAAUAUACCGAGUGCUUGCAGGCAAAAACUAGCUGAACUGUUUGUUCAAAUUGAAAAGGAAUUUGAGAAAGUCUAUUUGGAAAAACAUGCACUUCAAGAGAAAGUGCAUUUAUUAACUGAAAAAAUAGAAAGUUCAGGGAAUGUUGAGAAUUCUGAAAAGUUGGGUGAAGGGAUGGUCAAUGACGGUGUUGGGGCUACUAAAACAAGUUUUCCUAAAAAAACAUCUGCUGGCAAGUUGAUGUCAAGGAAGUUGAAGACAACAUAUAAAGCUUCUACAAACAAGUUCGUGUCAAGUUUCAAGCCUGCAGGCCAGACCCACAGUAUUGAAUGUCAUUAUUUUCAAACAUAUGAUGGACAUAAAGAUGGAAUAUGGGAUUUAAGCACUUCAAAACAUAUUCCGACUUUAUUAGGAACAGCUUCUGCUGAUCACAAUGCUAGGCUAUGGUGUAUUGAUUCAGGUCACUGUCAUUUGAAAUAUACUGGUCAUCAUGGCUCAGUUAACUCAAUUCAGUUUCACCCAAGUGAUCCAAUAGUCAGUACUGGUUCAGGUGAUGGAACAGCUCAUAUUUGGAGAUUACCAUCAGCAAUCAUUGACGUCAUAACAAAGAACAAAGGAUCGCCAAGCGAAAGUUCACCAGAUUGGUCCCAUGAUGAGAACGAUGUAUCUGAUGACGAUGAGGGUGUAUAUGAUUCAGCAGAUGGUCAUCGUCCAUUUAUUCUUAAAUCUCCUGCUACUUCAUUAAAAGCCCAUACAGGUGCGGUAAUGGCUGUUGAUUGGCUUCCUGAUGGAAAAAGAGUGGUCACGGCUUCUUGGGAUAAUACUGCUAAAUUAUGGGAUGCUGAACGAAGUACAGUUAUACAAACAUUAACAGGUCAUGACGAUGAAUUAACUCACACAUGCUCCCAUCGAAGUCAAGAUCUCAUAGUCACGGCUUCUCAUGACUCAACUUUUCGUUUAUGGGACUUUCGAACACCUUCUUUGCAUUCUGUGAGCGUGUUUCAAGGACAUGCCAGCACCGUUACAUCAGCCGUGUUCACUGAUCAAGAUGUUGUCAUAAGUGGUAGUGAUGAUCGUACUGUAAAGGUUUGGGAUUUGAAAAACAUGCGAGCUCCUCUUACAACGAUACGUUUAGACUCUGCUGUAAACAGGUUGUCUGUAUCGUCCGAUCAAAAUAUUGUUGCAAUUCCUCACGACAACCGUCACGUCAAUCUUCUUGAUCUCUCUGGAUUUCGAUUAAUGCAUCUUCCUCGAAGAAGGCGAUAUAGUCAUCAGAGAAUGGUGAGCAGUGUGGCCUGGGGCGGAGAAAUGUCGAGUAAAGGAUAUAAUCUUUUUACUGCAGGAUUUGAUCGAAAGAUUUUAGGAUGGCAAAUAAUCUUUACAAAAGAAAAUAUACCUCAUGGUAAACAAUGAGACAACAAAUGAAAAAAGCAGUGAACAACAAAGCGGGAUUUCAUCUUUUUUUCACCAAAGUUCCUUUUUUGUUAAAAUGAUAGAUGUGUUAUCUAUACACAAAACUGUAGGUCAUGGAUUGGGAUACUGUGUGUAACAUAAUUUGUAAAUCUUAACAGUCUUAUGUACGUUUAAUCCCUUAAUAACAAUUUAAAAUAAAUUGACAUUUACAUCAGUAAAAA